AUGAAAUCGGAUACGACUGAAGCCACAACAGCCACUGUCGGUAAUGCGUGGACGACGAUACCUGCGGCAACAGCGUUAGAAGACCAGCAUUUCAACCCCGCUAAGUGUGAAGUUAGACGAGCCGUUCCGCGUGACGAUGUCAGGUGCGAGACUUCGCUACGGUCCAAGGUGUUCGUUAGUGGGCUGAGAGAGGACACGCGGGAAGCGACCUUGAAGCACUAUUUCGGCAAGUUCGGUCUUGUGCAAGACGUGUGCAUUAAACUGAACCGAUCAACGCAGCGCAGCAGAGGUUUCGGCUUUGUUCUAUUUCGAGAUGCGCAGUCUGCCGAGGCGAGUCUCGGUUCCCAUCCCGAAUUGGGCCCUCAAGUAAGUUCCGGUUUUACAGGUCCCCCCACCUACCAGUCCCGCAUCUAG